CCUGGCAUCUCCUACUAUUUUCUCUCCACCCCCGACCGGCAGAAUACCUACCCAGUACCUAGAAAACCACCUAAUACAUCUCUACGUAAGGGGUAAAUAAGGCAGCUAAGCUACCUGUAGGUAUGUAGGGAUCAUAAUAGAACAACGUGGCCGUGACACACAUGAAGCAUAUGUCGGGCUGAAAACAUUCAAAUUUCCCACUUCUGCCCCGAAAUGAAACCAUUGUCUGUGCCAACAUAACCCACUCAUCGUACCAAAGCAAGGGAGAAUCUGUUACUACCUAGUAUCUAGUAUCUAACAUUUUACUUUUACAAAGGAUGACUACCAUCAAGAACGUCGCCGUUGUAGGGGCAACCGGGAAGAUCGGCCGCCCAAUCGUAGACCAUCUUCUCGCAUCGAAGCUUUUCAAGGUGACCGCCAUCACUCGUGACGGGGGAAUUCUGCGCGAUUUCCCCGCAGAUGUGACGGUCAGAGAAGUGGAUUACAACUCUCUCGAGUCUCUAGAGGCUGCUCUACAAGAACAGGAUGCACUGGUCUCGGCCAUGGCGUUUGAGGCUAUCCACGAGCAAAAGAAUCUUGUGGACGCGGCGGUAAAUGCUGGCGUCAGACGAAUGAUUCCUUCCGAGUAUGGAAAUGACCUCCUGAAUCCCAAGCUGGCUGCCUUCCCCAUCUACCAGCCCAAGAUUGCCAUUCGCCAGCGAUGUGAGCGCAUGGCAGCCAAGAACCCGGACUUCUCCUGGACCACGAUUCAUAAUGCGUCGUUUCUGGGGCCAGACUGGACACUGGACUUCAUCGUGGACGUGAAGCAGCGAAAGGCUGACAUCAAAGAUGGCGGUGACGUGCUCUUCUGCGCCACCACAUACGACGAUAUCGCUCAGGCCGUGAUUGGGAUCUUGACCCACCUGGAAGAGACGGCUAACCGUCCGGUGAGGAUAUCGAGCGUCAACACGACUCAGAACGAACUGAUCACAAUAGCCAAGGAGCUAGGCGCUACCGACGGCUGGGAUUUGACGUAUUCCAAAACCGAAGACCUGGAAAUUGAAGCCCUACAGCGUUGGGCGAAAGGUGAUCAUAGCGACGAAGUGAUCGCAAUGUUCAUCAACCGAGCCUUCAUAGGGCACGGCUGGGGCGGGUACUUCCCGGUUCGUGACAACGAUUUAUUGGGAAUCAAGGGGUUAAACCGAGAUGAGCUGAAAGCCAUCGUGAAAUUGGCUAUCGAGAGGUGAUCCCAUUGGUCUAAAGGAUGAGUCAAUACCAUUAAUACCCUGGUAUUUUCCUUUUUCAUGUUGUAAAGUACCGGCAUCUUGGGUUGAUGGGUUCCGGCGCCAUGGUACUGGAACACGGCACUUGGACCCAGCCAUGGGACGCACACAGAUACAUAGACACACACACGCGCACUUACAGACACCCCCCACGCUCACAUAACAUAUAAUAGUUCAAGGCGCCGGAAUUCUCUGUGUUCGAUUUGAAUCUUGUAGACUACCUUAGCCUACCUAGUACCUAGUACCUACCCUACAGUAUUGUACAUACAUA